UGGUAAGGGGAGAUUACUCUCAAUUAAAAUGGCUCGGACAAAACUAAAUUUUUAGAUAUUUUUUCUGCAAGCAAUACAAAAUGGAUUACGAGUAUAAGCAGAAAACUGCACAGGAAAGAAAAAAGGUUGAAGAUCUCUUUGAUUACGAAGGCUGCAAAGUUGGAAGGGGAACAUACGGGAGCGUUUACAAGGCUAAAAGCAAAGAUAGUUCUGAUGGGAAAGAAUAUGCAUUAAAGCAGAUUGAAGGGACAGGAAUCUCAAUGUCAGCAUGCAGAGAAAUUGCUUUACUGAGAGAAUUAAAACAUCCAAAUGUGAUAAGUUUACAGAAAGUAUUUUUGUCUCACACAGACAGGAAGGUUUGGUUGUUGUUUGAUUAUGCUGAACAUGAUUUAUGGCAUAUCAUAAAGUUUCACAGAUCAGCAAAGGCAACGAAGAAAGCAAUAAGUGUGCCAAAAAAUAUGGUGAAAUCCUUGUUAUAUCAAAUAUUAGAUGGUAUACAUUACCUUCAUGCCAACUGGGUGCUGCACAGGGAUCUUAAGCCAGCAAACAUUCUUGUAAUGGGGGAAGGACAAGAAAGAGGCAGAGUAAAAAUUGCUGACAUGGGUUUUGCACGGUUAUUCAAUGCACCAUUGAAGCCUCUUGCUGACUUGGAUCCAGUGGUUGUUACAUUCUGGUACAGAGCUCCAGAACUUCUACUUGGUGCUAGACAUUAUACUAAAGCUAUUGAUAUAUGGGCAAUAGGUUGUAUAUUUGCUGAGUUAUUAACAUCGGAACCAAUAUUUCAUUGUCGACAAGAAGACAUUAAAACUAGUAACCCCUAUCACCAUGAUCAACUUGAUAGAAUAUUUAAUGUUAUGGGAUUUCCACAAGAAAAAGAUUGGGAAGAUAUAAGAAAAAUGCCAGAGCAUGGAACUUUAAUGAAAAUUUUUUAAAAAUCAAGUAUUUAUGGUAACUGUAAUCUCACAAAAUAUAUGGAGAAACACAAGAUAAAACCUGAUAGUAAAGCAUUCCAUUUACUACAGAAAUUACUAACAAUGGACCCUACAAAAAGAAUAACUUCAGAGCAAGCAAUGAUGGAUCCAUAUUUUCUAGAGGAGCCAAAACCUGCCACAGAUGUAUUUGAAUCCUAUCAAAUACCAUAUCCUAAGCGAGAAUUUCUGGCUGACGAUGAAGAAGAUAAAGGAGCUUCUGGUGCAGCUAGUAAGCAACAGACAGGUAAUGAUGCAUCCUCCACACAUGGGCAGCAACCGCCAGCUAAGCGAGUACGAACCCUUCCCCCGACCUCUUCUACCUCCAGUUCUAUGGUAACUACUGAGUAUCAGCACAUGCACAAUGUACAACAGGGUCAAGGUCAGGGCAGUCAACAGAUGUCUUUCAACAACAACAAUCUUACACAAACUUCGUCAUCAUCCUCCGCUUUCCAGCCAAGAUUCUGAUCUCGGAUCACAUACGGUUUACUGAGAUCAUCUUAUCCUCAUCUUACAUACAAUUACUUACAUACAUCUACAAAUAUCAAGUUGUUGAUGUCACAGCUCAAUUCUAUUCCUUGUGAGUAUGCUAUACCGCUUGAUAACUAAACAGUCAGUGAUUGUGUAGAGGUUGUUAGACAUGAAGUUUUGUACACAGGAGUAUAUCAGUAUAACUUGAUAUGAGCCGUGUCACGACAAAACCAACAUAAUGGGUUUGCGACCAGCAUGGAUCCAGACCAGCCUGCGCAUCCACGCAGUCUGAUCAGGAUCCAUGCUGUUCGCUUAUAAAGUCUAUAACAAGUAGUAAAACUGAUAGCGAACAGCAUGGAUCCUGAUCAGACUGCGCGGGUGCGCAGGCUGGUCUGGAUCCAUGCUGGUCGCAAACCCAUUAUGUUGGUUUUGUCGUGACACGGCUCAUAUAUUCUAUAUUAUCUAUAGCAGUGUUAGUGCUUAUUAAAUGAUGAUGAAAUUGUCUAAACCAUACAAUCAUGAAAAUAUUUAAAGUAAACAAAUGUUGUUUGAUGGAUCUAAUCUAAUCUAGUGAUUUAGAUUGAUUUGAAGGUUGUUAAGAUUAUUUAUUAGAGAAGAAAACAGGAUAUGGUGUAAGAUAUUCCUGAAACAGAUGUGGUCAUCCUGUGGAAUUGUUGUCAUCAUGUAGUCAUCAUAUGAACUGAUAUACUUACAAUACAUUUGAUAUUCAAAGUGUUCAGGCAAAUAGAUGUGCAGGAAGAUGCAGGACAGUCAUAUUAAAAUGGCUGUAUACCAGUAUCCUACGUUCAUUGAAACUUGGCAUUAUAGACUCUCAACUACUGUAUUAUUUAUUCCUUACAAUACUUACAGCCUCAAGUGACUCUGUUGAUGUAAUAGGCAAAAUUAUAAUAAUGACAACUUCCCAAUAACAUGUACCCAGCAGUUUUCAUUUCAUUACAUUAAGGUGCUUUCACUUUACACACUGUGAAAUUGUAAAACUAGUUUUGGAUAGGAGUAAUAGAGAAUAAUGUUUAAUUUUUACUGGUUGUGUUCAACAAAUAUAUGCUUGUAUUUGAUGAUACCAACUGACUUACCUCGUGUAUUCAUGUUAUUAAGAUGCAGAAACAUUUCAACAUCAACAUUACCUUACCUUUUAUUUUAUUAUACCAUAAUGUUGACUGUAUAUACAAAUUUAAGCACAUCAUUAGUGCUAUUUCUAUCACUAGAUUCAUGGCAAAUCACAAUUGUUAUUAACUUAAUUGAAGUCAUGGCACAUUUAAAGUUUACAGUUGAAUAAUGUUAGUUAACAGUUCAAUGUUAAUACACAUUAUCAAAACUAGUGUGUAAUUGGGACCAUCAUGAUUCAUGUUAUAUUAGUCAUAUAAAACUAAUGAUUUGACACAGUGAUCAUUUUUUUUUUCUUUUAUACUAGUUUCAAUAUUGGUUUAAACCAAUUCUUACUGAACUGAAUAGAAAAAAUAUGUGUAUCAAGUGUCUAUAUAUUACAUUUUUGUAUUUAUGAUUUAGGAAGAAAUCAGAACGGUCAUUUAUAAGUAGGGGCGUCAGUGGCAGAGUGGUGAAGGUUACUGACGUUGAAUCACAUAUGUAGGUUCAAAUCCCGCCUGGGAUUCUUUUAUGUUAGACUUUUCAUUUACAUUUACAUAUUGUAAUAAUUUAUUAGCUACAAUUGUGAGGGGAAAAACAGUAUGUGGGUUUAUAUCUCCCAUCUAAUUAAAGUGUUCAUUUUUAAUAGACAUGUCUUUCAAUUUUGUAUAAAUGAAUUUUGUUUGUGUAAUAGUGCAUUAUGUGUAGACCUAAAUGUGUGAUGAUAAGUGCUAUUUUCAACUGAACCCUUUUAAUGACAGGAGACAUUUUCUACUUAUGUUUCCUCCAUGAAUUUUACUAAGUUAUUUAAUUAAUUUAAUAUGAUAUAAUUGCAAAUUUACUGUUUGUGUAUCAGGCUGUAUUUGCUACUAUUUGCAUAUAAGAUUCUUAUAAUUAAUGACAAAUGUAAAGAUGCCUUUAAUUAUCUGUCAACACAAUGAUCAUUUUUUCGAUUUUAGUUUGAAUGAGUUAUUUCCCUUUGUGAUCAGUUUAGAUUUCAUUUUAAUUGCUUUAGUCACUUAUACUGCUUAGAAAGAAUAUGGUACAAUUUCAUUCCUUUCUAUAUUCCAACCAUAUAAAUGGAUAUACAUGUACAUUAUUUUGAAACUUAAAACUUGGUUCACUUAAGGCAUGUUGUCAAUGGUAUAUUUUACAUUUAGCAAGAUAUUUUUAGUGUCAUUUUAUUGCACUCAUUUUAAGACUGAUUCUUACCAGUUGUAUAUUUGUCUGUGCAUGAUACAUGUAUUAUGAAAAAUGUUAGCAAUUCAGACACAUUUUGUCAUUAAAAUAUUGAAAAUCA